AUGCGACGUGUUGUAGUAACAGGCCUCGGAGCCAUAACACCACUGGGCGUAGGGAUCCGACCAACAUGGAGUCGCCUUCUUGCAGGAAAUAGUGGCAUAGUUUCUCUUCCCUCGAAUUAUUUUGAAGCCUCACAGCGAGAAAGUCUACCUAGCACGGUAGCUGGUUUGGUACCGUGUGGCAACGAAGGGAAAGAUUCAUGGCGACCUUCGGAUUGGUUAGAAAAAGGAGAAGACUCACGAAUGGCCAAAUUCUCGCAGUAUGCGAUUGCGGCUACAGAAAUGGCACUUCAAGAUGCCGGAUGGAAACCGCAGAAACAGGAGGAUAAAGAAUCUACUGGCGUUUGCCUUGGUAGUGGCAUUGGGGGUUUGGAUGAGCUUUAUACGACAAGCAAGAACUAUUCCACAAUGGGCUACAAAUCAGUGUCUCCCUUCUUCGUACCGAAACUUCUCAUAAACCUAGCAGCAGGUCACAUUUCAAUGAAAUAUGGAUUUGAAGGUCCAAAUCAUGCAGUUACCACCGCUUGCACAACUGGCGCACAUUCAAUUGGUGAUGCAUCUCGGUUUAUUGCUUUCGGCGACGCAGAUGUGAUGAUAGCUGGUGGUUCUGAGUCUUGCAUACAUCCGUUAGCUUUUGCCGGCUUUGCAAAAGCUCGUUCACUCGCUCGCCAAUACAACGAUGAUCCCGAAUCAUCCUCUCGCCCUUUCGAUCGAGAUAGGUGUGGUUUUGUGAUUUCAGAAGGAGCUGGGGUGGUUGUUUUAGAGGAGUUAGAACAUGCUAAAGCUCGCGGAGCUGAAAUAUAUGCCGAGGUCCGUGGAUAUGGCUGCAGUGGUGAUGCACAUCAUAUUACCGCUCCUAGAGAAGAUGGAGCUGGCGCAUUUUUAGCCAUGAAAAGGGCUCUCAAGAAUGCCAGGAUUGCGCCACGGGAAGUCGAUUACAUUAAUGCUCAUGCUACAAGUACACCUCUAGGUGAUGCUGCUGAAAAUGCUGCCAUCACCAGGUUGAUGCUUGGAGAGGAAGGGGUUGGCUCCCCAGGUCAAAUUGCAGUCAGCAGCACCAAGGGUGCUAUUGGACAUCUGCUAGGUGCUGCUGGUGCCGUAGAAGCUAUCUUCUCAAUCUUGGCAGUGAAAGAGGUACGAAAUAAUGUUCAUAUGUAA